GCUAGGAUAUGCCAUUAACGCUUCCUUCUUUAUGCAACUAAAACAGUCGCACUUGAAACAUCUUACCGUUUAUGUCAUCGACAGCACUUGGCGCUGCUCUUAUCUUGUAACGUACGUAGAUUUUUCACCAGGUACUUUGUGAAAGCUUCGUCGUUUAUCCGAGGCUUUAGACUUAACCGAAGGCAGGAGUUGGAAACGCGCUGGAGGAUUAAGGCCCGUCAUGGUACGGUUAACGCUCAUAGCACGUGUACAAGAUGGGUUGCCGCUAGCGGAAGGGCUGGACAGCGAAAAGGACGCGGAGAUCGAUGCGUACAAGUCUCAGGCGAAGAGCCUGCUCAAGAAAUUUUCACAGCAACCAAGCCACCAAGCGGCUAGGCUGUCCGUGGAGUCGGGAAAGUACACCUUCCAUUACUUGAUCGACGGGGGUGUAUGCUACUUGACGCUGACGGAGAAGGGUUACCCGAAGAAGCUUGCAUUCCAAUAUCUGGAGGAGUUGACAAACGAGUUCAGCCGACUGUACGGGCAGCAGGUGCACUCUGUCAGUAGACCGUAUGCCUUCAUCAAGUUCGAUACGUUCAUCCAAAAAACUAAGAAGCUGUAUCUGGACACGCGCACCCAGCGCAAUCUUUCCAAGCUUAAUGACGACUUGGCGGAGGUGCAUUCGAUCAUGACUCGCAACAUCCAGGAGGUCCUCGGGCAAGGGGAGAAGCUGGACAGCAUGGCAAAAAUGUCGAGUACCCUCGCCGCAGAGUCGAAACAGUAUGCCUCUCGAGCCAAGGACCUACAUCGACAGGCUCUAAUUCGCAAGUACGUUCCAUUAGCGGUGGUAGUGGGCGUCGUGCUGUUGGUGCUUUGGCUACGAUCCAAGUACUACAGAUAGCAAACUUUUGGUGCAGUCUUUCGUUUUACUGGUCGGAAUGAGGGCCGUCAUGUAGGGAGAGGAAAGGGGACGACAGCUGUUACAUGUUGGUCUGCUUGGGUAUCGCGCUUGCUUGCAAGGACGGCGCCGGCGCCCUCCGCGGGUGAUGAAGUGUGAAGAUGGACAACGUAGCUUAGGCGUACUUGUAAUUCUUGUGUCUUUGGACAGCGGCUGCAGCUUAUUGGUUGAGAUUUCAACCGCAAGGAUGGAAUUGCCUGUCGUGCGGCCACCCCGCCGAAUCUAUUCCGGCUUUUCAGACUCGAACGUUGAUAUGUUAAUGGGCUCAAAUGUUCCGUCUGGCUGGAGGUAGCACAGCGCCAGCACAUCAUCGUUCUCCACCUUUAAAUCCACAAGCUUCCGCGCAUCCUCCAGAACAGUCUGGCCCUUGUAAAGUUGUUGGCUCUCAGGAGGCUGGUCGACAAGCUCCUGAAGCUUUUGUUUUACUUCCAGAACAGUAUCGGUAGGUUCCACAUGUAAAAAAUAUGUUGUCUUAAGACGCUUCACUCGAACGUACAUAGACAUUGUGUUCAAGACACUGCCCUCGUCCCUGCCACCGGCCCAAGCAAACUCCAGAGCCCGCUUCUAGACAAAACUCAUGCACGGUUAACUUCUAAUUACCAAAAAAUAUCGGUUUGAAUAUAGGCGUCGCAAACGGACAUAUAGGCGUGACACCGUUGUAAGACCAAUGCGUGGAUUGCAGCGUGCUUAUGAG